AUUUCCAGCCCCUCUCACUGGUCCGUCUAACUGCUUUUCACACUCUGCGUGCAUGACCUUUGUCCUCCCAAGUCGCAUUCUCCGAGUUUUCUCAACGCUGUUUGAUCUAGGUCUUGUGGUGACCCAGGCCCCAUGAGCUUCAGCUUCGCGGCGACUACAGCAGCAGUCCGAUCCGCCUCUCGACCAGUCUUUCGAGUAGAGCUACCCCUCGCUGCUGGAAGCGGUCCAUUGCAUUCGAGCCGCGCGCACACUCCUCGCCGCGAUUUCUCGUCCUCGCCCAGAAUGGACGUCAAGUUCGCGCCCGCGAAGCGCGUCGCGGGGCAGAGGCAGGACGUUUGGUCUAUUGUCAAUGAGGCCGCCGCUGCAUCUCCCAUGCAGCCAAUUGUGAACAUGGGCCAAGGGUUUUUUGGCUACAAUCCCCCCAAAUUCAUCAUUGACGCUGCGAAGAGUGCGCUCGAUCGAGUAGAAUGCAAUCAAUAUUCUCCCACCAAGGGCAGGCCGAGGUUGAAAAAGGCAAUCGCCGACGCAUACUCUCCUUAUUUCGGACGACAGUUGGAUCCGGAGACUGAAGUUACUAUUACAACGGGUGCCAACGAAGGCAUGCUCAGUGCAUUCAUGGGCUUUAUCGAACCAGGCGACGAAGUGAUCAUAUUUGAACCCUUUUUUGACCAGUAUCUCAGUAAUAUUGAGAUGCCUGGUGGAACAAUCAGAUAUGUCCCUAUGCACCCUCCCGCGGAUGGCGCCGAACGGACUUCCUCCGCAGCGAACUGGACCAUCGACUUUGACGAGCUGGAAAAGGCAUUCAACUCCAAAACAAAGAUGAUUGUGUUGAACUCACCUCACAACCCGGUCGGCAAAGUUUUGAACAAGGAAGAGCUGACAAAAAUCGGCGAUCUGUGUUUGAAACAUAAAGUCAUCAUCUUGUCAGACGAGGUGUAUGACCGCUUAUACUAUGUUCCUUUUACACGAAUAGCCACGCUCUCGCCUGAACUCGCCAAGAUAACACUCACCGUGGGAUCGGCGGGGAAGAAUUUCUACGCGACGGGAUGGCGCGUAGGGUACCUGAUCGGGCCCCCAGAGCUGAUCAAAUACGUGGCCGCUGCACAUACGAGAAUCUGCUAUUCAAGCGUCUCGCCUUUACAAGAGGCUGCUGCGAUUGGAUUCGAACAGGCGGACAAGGUUGGGUUCUGGGACCAACAGAUCACAGAGAUGAAGGGCAAAAUGGACCGCUUCUGCCAGAUCUUCGAUGAACUGGGCAUACCCUACUCGGUUCCCGAAGGCGGCUAUUUCGUGCUCGCAAACCUGUCCAAGGUCAAACUCCCUGAAUGCUACAAAUUCCCGGACCACGUCAAAGACCGACCACGGGAUUUCAAGAUGUCGUGGUUUUUGAUCAUGGAGUUAGGGGUUGCGGCGAUUCCACCGAGCGAGUUCUAUACAGACGAAAGGGCACAUUUGGCGGAAGAUUGGAUGAGAUUCGCCGUUUGUAAGAACGAUGAUGUCUUGGAAGACGCAAAGGAUCGAUUGAGGGGUUUGAAGAAGUACAUGACCUGAUCCGAGGGAUGUUCGAUGAUAAAAGUUUCGUCAAGAUGGCUCCGUUGUGCAAGGUUAGAUCUGUCCAACAUGGACCUAUAACGUUAGACAUAUACACAUAUAGCAUGAAGCCGCCAUCUGUGCUGAUCUGUUCUCAAUCUCGGCUAGCAAAAGCAACGGCGCUGCUUGUUCCCAGUCGUCAAUACACUUAUGCCAGUACAGAAAGGGGAUGCUCAGCCUUGUCACG